UUGUAGUCUGUAAAUGGUGACAGUAGUGUCGUUAACACGGCUGUAAGGAAAGGCGAUGAAAUGAAAAGCGAACGGAAGUACUGAAAAGAAGAGACAAGCCAUGAUUUCUGACUAUUUUCGCUAGGUUUUUAGAGUUUGUAUUUGUUGAGGAACAGCAGAGGUACUUUAUUUAGUCUUUUUUUUCAGCGCGAUGGAGCAGCCGGUGCCUAAAAAUAAAUUGAAGAAGCUCAGUGAAGACAGUCUAACCAAGCAACCAGAGGAAGUUUUUGAUGUCCUUGAAAAACUUGGUGAAGGGUCCUAUGGAAGUGUGUUCAAAGCAAUCCAUAAAGAAUCAGGCCAAGUGGUGGCCAUUAAGCAGGUUCCUGUGGAGUCGGACCUGCAGGAGAUCAUCAAGGAGAUCUCCAUUAUGCAGCAAUGUGACAGUCCCUAUGUGGUGAAAUACUAUGGCAGUUAUUUUAAAAACACAGACCUGUGGAUCGUGAUGGAGUACUGUGGCGCUGGCUCUGUAUCUGAUAUCAUUCGGUUACGUAACAAAACACUCACAGAAGACGAGAUUGCUACUAUCCUUAAAUCCACAUUGAAAGGUCUUGAGUAUUUGCACUUCAUGAGAAAGAUCCAUAGAGACAUCAAAGCUGGGAAUAUUCUUCUUAAUACUGAGGGACAUGCUAAACUGGCAGACUUCGGAGUAGCUGGGCAGCUUACUGACACGAUGGCUAAGAGGAACACUGUGAUUGGCACACCGUUCUGGAUGGCUCCGGAGGUGAUUCAGGAGAUUGGGUAUAAUUGUGUGGCAGAUAUCUGGUCUCUGGGCAUCACUUCUAUAGAAAUGGCAGAGGGCAAACCUCCUUAUGCAGACAUUCAUCCAAUGAGAGCGAUUUUUAUGAUUCCAACGAAUCCACCACCAACAUUCCGGAAACCUGAACUGUGGAGUGACGAUUUCACAGACUUUGUAAAGAAAUGUUUAGUGAAGAACCCAGAUCAGAGAGCCACAGCUACUCAACUGUUACAGCAUCCCUUCAUAACGAGUGCUAAACCGGUGACCAUUCUGAGGGACCUGAUCACAGAAGCGAUGGAGAUGAAGGCAAAAAGACAACAGGAGCAGCAGCGUGAGCUGGAAGAGGAGGAUGACAACUCGGAGGAGGAGGUGGAGGUGGACUCACACACCAUGGUGAAGUCUGGCUCAGAAAGCGCUGGCACCAUGAGAGCAACAGGCACUAUGAGUGACGGCGCUCAGACCAUGAUCGAGCACGGCAGCACCAUGCUGGAGUCAGACCUGGGCACCAUGGUCAUCAACAGCGAUGAGGAAGACGAAGAUGAAGAUGUGGGCUCAAUGAGGAGAAACCCAACAGUGCCACAAGCACAGCGCCCAUCUUUCAUGGAUUACUUUGAUAAGCAGGACUCAAACAAAGCACAGGAGAGUUACAAUCACAACCAGCAGGACCCUUACCAUAUGCCCAAGACUGCUUUCCCAGACAACUGGAAAGUACCACAAGAUGGAGACUUCGAUUUUCUGAAAAACCUCGACUUUGAGGAGCUGCAGAUGCGCCUCAGUGCUCUGGACCCCAUGAUGGAGCGGGAAAUCGAGGAGCUGCGGCAGCGCUACACAGCCAAGAGGCAGCCCAUUCUCGAUGCCAUGGAUGCCAAGAAGCGCCGGCAACAAAACUUCUAAGACUGACCCCAGAAAGAAAGCAAGUAAAUUCAGAAAAAAAGAACUGGCAGGCCAGAUUAUUUCCCCUCUUAUAGUCUUAUAUUCAGUUUCACUCCUGACGCUGAGCCUCUUACUGUAAGCACUCAGCUGCUGAUUAGCCACAGGAGCAUCUGGCUAAGUAUUAGAAUGCUGUUUUACUUUAUUUCUAGGGAAUUUAUCUGAGGCCUGAGCCUUGUUUUCAAAGGUUGCUCUGUGUACACUAACACAAGUACAGCAACAUUUAAGAUAAAAGUGUAAAGGGGAAGAAAUGGCAGCAAAUCAGGAUAGUCAUUUGAUAGGAUGAAACAUUCACAAGGACCAGUGAGCUGAAAUUUCUGUGUAAGGUAGUGAAGGUUUUCAUUUAGCAGACUCAAAUCUAAUUGAUCUACAAAUCUGUACACUUAUUCAAAUCUGAAUGAGGACAGGAGGUGUUAAUGUCCUCUUUCCUCACAUAUUUCUUUAGCCAUGACAUCAUGUAAUGCCACACUGUUUCUCAGCAUGGCUGCCGUCUGGAGUCAUGAUCAUCAACCUUAUGACUGAAAUCACAUCUUGUUCACUAUGUAGUGCACUGAUUUAGGUGUUUUGCUCUUGUCUAAACCAAUAGCAGAAAAUAGUCAUUAUGCUCAUUGUAAACUACAGUGCACUCCAAUAGGUUAAACCAAACAGCAGACCCAAUCUGGUACAGGAUAACUAAUCGGUUUUUAUCUGGAGCAGGAGUGUUAGAUUAGGUUUGAAACAUGAUUAAAACACGACUAAAACCUCUGCAGAGGUGCCAACAUUUCUAACAUGAAACUUUUUAAUUUCAGAAGUGAAACGAGCAACAGUAAGAAAACAGCUGGUGGAGCAGCUACUUAAAAAUAAACAGCUGCUUCAUCUUAAACAACAAACGAGACAAUGUCACCGAUUUGUUUUCUAAGUCCAAGGGUUGUGAAUUCACAGGUCAGAGUUCACCUAGGUAAUGCUGGUCCAAUGAGAAAGUAUCCACCACCAGAAGCAAAUGUGUAUCUUCAACAUUUCACAUCCCAAGUCCUUUCCCUUCAGUAAAUUGGUUUUUCUGCUGGGUGAAUUUUACUCACGUUUGGUCAGACCACUGCUUUAUCUGUAAAAGCAGAACAACGUAGUUUCCAGGUAACUCUCAUAUCACCAUAGCAAGGAGUCACAAACUGAAAAUGCUAUGUCUGAACCAGGCAUUCCCAAACAAGGUGUCACAACUCCACAUGGGGAUCACUUGAUUUACCAACGGGGUCACAAGAGAAACUCACAACCUCCUCUUUUGUUUCAUUUGUUUAUUUUACAAAUUAAUGUCAGAAAUAUCGAAGAGGAGGCACAUUUACAUUAACAAGGUACAUGUUAUUUUAGUCUUUUUCACUAUAAUGACAUGCUGCAUUAGCGUAGUUCAGCAAUAAAAAUGAGCAAAUUUCCCCGUCCAUCUGCUUCUAUGAAACAAACUAGCAUUAUGUCUCAAAUCACAUACUUGUGUACUGUUCUAGACUAACACUAACCAGUUUUCCUGUUACUCUUAGUGUUUGAAUUUUAAAAACCUCACCUUCAGAUCUACUGAAAGCUCUGUUUUGUGUACCAGUUUUCAGGAUUUUUCUAGAUCAGUAAAUACUUUUCAGUGUAAGGUCAGAGUUUUCGAUUUAAGAUACAGCCCAUGACAAUAAUCAUGAUGACAGUGGAAAGUUUUAAAAAGAGACAGAGCUGAUCAGUGUGUUUAACAUCACUGUGUAUAAAAUCACUAAAUAUUUUACAGUUCAAUUUGGAAACCUGAUGGACAUGGGUGUUUUGGCUCUGAUGUGCCAUCUAGAGAAUGUUGCAUUUAAAUCUUCCAGAUGUGCAUAAUAUACACACCGGGUGUGUGAAUAAUAAUGCUGCUUGCAUUACCACUGCUUCUGCACGUACACACAAAAUCUUGGGUCAAGUAUAAACCAGACUCCUGUGCUUCACAUUGGAUUGAUUUCCUGUAACAACAGAACUGACCGGUAAAUCAGUGCAAGGAAUAUUCCUUAGUUUUUUUUUGUUUUUUUUUUUGUUUUGUUUUUUUGUUUUGUUUUUUUUUAGUCACUUACAUUACACAUACUUAUGUUACUAACAUCAUAAAAUGUUCAAAUGUUGCAGUAGUCCUAUAUAAAUCUAGAAUUUAAAAACAAAAUGUAGAGUGGUCAAGGUUUGGAAUUCAUAAAAUUCAUUUGGGAUUGUUCGCCUAAAAAUUUUGGGAACGCCUGGUCUAAACUAUAGAUAUUGGCACCUCUGCCUCUGUAAUCAUGUGACUAUUUGGAUGAAUUACCACAUGAGAUAUGGUUGGACUUAUUAAAGUAAACCAAAGACAAUCAAAGUAGUGGAACAUCAAAGAGAGCUUUCAUUAGUCAGCCCAAACUUGCAGUCUUAAAAGGGCUUCCCUUACUUCGUCUGGAAUUGCUCUGAGUGAGGUUUCUACUGCUGUGGGACCAGGUUUUAGUAGACUGUGGAUUUGAAUGAAGCUUGAAAUAUCCUCUUUGUAGUAGUAAUUGAAGCAGUUAUUAUAAUUGUACUCCUUACAGUUAAGCUUUUGCUUAUGGACACCACCCUAUCUCUGUAAAUAUGCAUGGAGUAUUUAAGUUUCAUGUUUGAUUCCUAUAUUGAAUGUCAUCUUUCUUGUUUUUGAAAUUGUCUUUUUUUCACAUUGAUAUUUCCAUUUUGAAUCCUAAGCUCUGUAAACACUCCUGUAAAGAAGUGCAAAUCACACACCCUCGGACUGUCACUUUAUCUCAGGGGUUGAUGAACAGUACUUUGUCUUGAUUGAAUUGAUUGUUUUGAAAUGACAUUUCUGAUGUCUGACCUCUGUGUCUGUGGGACCAGCAUUAUUAUUUGGUCUGUCUGUUACUGGUACUUAAGCAAUACCACAAACAUACUCUGAAAAAAAUGGCUAUAACAAUAUUGUCAUAGAGGAGGAAACUGUUACAUACAAGGCAGUGAUAUAGUACAGCUAUGCGAUGUAGUACAUGGAUCUUUAUAAUCAUUACCAGUUUGAGGCCUGUUGUGGACAUUUUGCUAAUAUUGUCUUAAAAUUAUGUGACACAUAGCUUGUUUGGUGAAUUGAUUUUACAAGAACUUGCUUAUGAAAUGCGUUUGGUUGUGCUUAAAAUGCCUUACUUUUGUCUUUGAUCAGUUAUAUCAAUUUCAUACUUUCUGACAUGUAUUAUAAAAUUCCACUCUAUUCUAAUUUAUUGUGCAUUUUUAUAUCCAUUUAUAGCUGCUGUUGCAUGAAAACCUUUCUUAAACAUAACAUAGUUUGAAAGUUUUUGAAUUCCCCACAUGCAUCACAUCUGUGAAUGGUUAAAAACAAAGUGAUGUUUUCUAGUUUUCAUCUCACCUGAAAAUAUUGAUAUUGAUAUUUUGGAGAAAGGUUUUCUUGCGGUAGAAGUUUGUCACUCUCUCCUCCGAGAGUGAAGUCUUUAAUAAAAGUCACUUUCUUGUCA